AUGGCCGGCCAAGGAGGUCCCCGGAAGCGCAGACGCCCAGCCCAGUCCUGCGAGCAGUGCCGUCAUCGAAAGGUGCGCUGCGACCGCAACAUACCAUGUGGCCCUUGCACGCGUGCACGAUCUUCUCCUCACUGCUCUUAUCGUGAUAGAAGUCCAUCAUUAAGUUCGUCCGCCAUAGGAAUCAUCGCUACUCCGGACACGCCACAUCGUCAACCACUAGUUACGGGGGCCUUCGAGCGAAGAGCAUCGAGCCAUAUGACCCCGACGGAGCUAGGAGACACCAACCUUCAACCUGGCGUUGAGUUGUCUCUAGGGCAAAUCCAGCAUCGACUACAGUUACUUGAAGAUCGAUUGGCUGCCUUAGCAAAGAACCCCAGCUUGACUCGGGAUAAUCAAUGGCUGGAAAAGGCGUUGCACGAUCUGACUGAGAAAACACAGAACAUCGAACAGCAGCUUGCCGUGGCACCACAGCUUGCUCAUACUCAGCUAACGGGUGACAAUGGUGAUCUAUCAAUCUCAAAUAUUCCGCCACGUCUUCAUGCGUCAGCUAUUGAUUUCAAAGACCUGAAGGCAGAUCUGACAAACGUGGUCAAGGACUGUCGGGCCCUUCGGAAAUCCAUCAAAUCUCGCCAGUCUGUGACACUCAAUGAGCCUGUAGCUGAUCUUCAUAGCACCAUCCCGCCAAAGCUUGUCUGCGACGAGUUGGUCCAAUGCUAUCUUCGGACUUUUGGAUCAAUGUAUCGUGUAUUACAUAUGCCCUCUUUCUGGAAAAGUUACAGACAAUUCUGGACAGAACCCAAGUUUCCCCCUGUAUCCUUUCUAAUGAAGCUAGUACUGGUACUUGCUAUCGGAACUGCCUUCUAUUCAAAUUCCACCGGUAGGGUCAACAACCAGUUCACGCACCUGAAGCAGAAAUGGGUGUAUGCGGCUCAAUGGUGGUUUACGGGGCCAUCCGAAAAGACAACAGCCAGUCUAGAUGGGCUACAAGUAUUUUGCCUGUUAUUAACAGCGCGCAAAAUCAGUGGCUUGGGAACAUCACAUGUGCUUUCCACAAGUUCACUGAUAGAGAUGGCAAUGAGAUUAGGGCUUCACAUUGACCCUUCAAAUUUUCCAGCUUUAUCUGCCCUUGAAUCCGAGAUGCGUGUUCGCUUGUGGGCUACAAUCCUUGAACUGGCCCUUCAGUCAUCUUUGGAGUUAGGGUUACCUUGCAACCUACCGCUGGGAUUUGACACGAGACCACCAUUGAACAUCAAUGAUCAAGAUAUCGGCCCUGGCAAACCCACCAUUGCUUUACCUUCAAUGCCGAGUAACGAGUGGACAGAUACCUCUGUUUUAUUAUUGCUUCACGAAUCGGUCAAACCUCGCAUGGGAAUUGUUCAAUUCGUUGCCAGUCCCGGUAGGAAGUCAUAUCAACAAGCUUUGCAGUUCACGGCGGACAUGAGACUCGCCUGUCGUGAAUUGGCCAGUGCUGCCCAGACAUUCGAAGCUUCAAAGGCAAGCCAAGGGCUCGGACUCACCGACUUCCACAAAAAGUUCCUUGAUAUAGAGUUACACAGGUAUAUUGUGGCUCUCCAUGCACCAUUCACGGUACAAGCUCGAAAGGACCCUCGGUUCUACUAUUCUCGCAAGGCCUCUCUCGAGUCUGCAAUGGUCAUUGCAUCCUACGCUAAUGACCUGUGCCUCCCGUCUGGCCCGUUAGACGAUUUCUCAAAUCUGAUCCUUGUUGGCUCGGGCAGCUUCAAGGGUCCUCUAGCACUAGACAUCAUCUCGGCCCUUGGCCUUGAGCUUGUCACCCAACUGGAAGAGGAAUCUUCUCCGCAAUCGCUGUUUUCUGGGUCCGAGAAUGAGCUUGCUAAGGCCACUCGUGCUCCUGUAGUUCGAAUACUUGAGCAUAUUCUUGACCAGCUCUUGCAAAUCAUCUCAUUGGGUAGUCCUAACCUGAAGCGAUAUAAUUUUCUCGCGGCGAUCCUGGCUCAACUUCGUGCCAUGCAGUCCAACCAAUGCGUGAAGCGGGUUGUCUAUGAGACCGUAACCCAUGGUAUACAAGAAUGCUAUGGCAUGCUACAGUCAAUGAUGGCCGGCAUACCCCAAACUCCGACUGCAGAAGUUCCAAUCGGCAUGGCCGCUCCAGCUGCUCCUGGUUUGCCUGAUCCAACUUCUACUCAAUUUGGCUUCCAUUUGGUGGACCCAAUAUUUGAUAUUGAUCUUGAUCUUGCCAGUCUUCUGUGCCUCGAGGGUAUCGAUGACCCCAGCAGCUCUUAUCUAUAA